AGAGACUCUGAGGUCUUGGAGUGAGCGCCGACGAGGACACUGUAGCUCAAACCAUGGAACAUAGCAACUGCACCGACGUGGACCGACUGAUGACACGCUACUUCCUGCCCGUCACCUACGCCAUCAUCUUCAUCGUGGGCCUGGUGGGCAACGUGACCGCCAUUUGCAUUUACGUGACGAAGCUGCGCCCCUGGAGGAGCAGCAGCAUCAUCAUGGUCAACCUGGCGCUGACCGACCUCCUCUACGUCCUCAGCAUGCCCUUCCUGGUCCACUACUACAGCACCGGGGACUGGACGCUCGGCGACUUCAUGUGCCGCUUUGUGCGCUUCGGGUUUCACUUCAACCUGUACGGAAGCGUCCUCUUCCUGACGUGUCUCGCGGUUUUCCGCUACGUGGUGGUGACCAAGCCCCUGAGGGCGGCGCAUGUGCAGCAGAAGUUUUGGGGCAUAAUCGCGUGUGCGGCCGUCUGGUUCAUCGCCGCUGCCGAAAUCGCGCCCAUGUUGUCGUUGAUAUCCCUGGAGAAGCGCGACAACGAGACUCACUGCUUAGACUUUGCUAGCACCAUACCCGUCGACGACGUGCGGUGGUACGGCUGGCUGCUCACUGCGAUCGGGUUUUUCCUCCCUCUGGUGGUGGUGUUCCUGUGCUACAUCGGCAUCGUGAAACAGCUAGCGAGAGGGCCCUACACGAGCAGCCCGUGUCGGGUGCGAGCGCGCCGCGUGACCGUGCUGAUCCUGGUGGUGUUCGUGGUGUGCUUCCUGCCGUAUCACGUCUUGCGCGUGUUGCGGAUCGAAACCCGAAAGAACGCGGAGCACACGGCAUGCUUGGUGGACCGUAUCGUGCGUGCAGCGUACACCGUCUCCAGGCCUCUGGCGGGACUCAACACGUUUUUCAACCUGGUUUUGUACACUCUCUCAGGUGACAAGUUCAGGAGGGCCUUCCUCAGCACUUUCUACUGGGACUACAGGCGCACCAAGGCCAAGUCGCUGAUCCACGUGGCCAUCAGCAGCUACACGCCUCCCGCGUGACAGACGACUGUCCACAAUGCGGGGAACGCUGCACAAAAGCCGUGGUUUCUUCAUUGCGUACUUCCCAGAGACAACAAAUGGUUUUGUGUGCCAACCACAGAAAUGUAAAUAGAAGUGACUCAAGGUUAAAGUUGGCAGAAGUGCAUUAGACCUUUGUCUACACCCAAGAAUAACUUACCUGACUAACAAUGUAAUGGAUUCUUUUGUUUGCAGCCACGAAUAUAGUCUUAGUUAUAGAAGGUUUCAAUUUCCUUUUUCACAUUUCCGGUCAGUUUUCCUAGAAGAUAAGGUGGAACCGUUUUAGAACAUGUUGUAUAUUACACCAAAGGGGCAUUUCAUAUUUAAACUACAAUGGCAUUUCUUAGUGUACUACACCACACUUGUUUACUGCAUGAUUGGCAUGUUAAAAUAAAAAU